AUGCCGUUGCCGAUGCCACUGCUGUUCCUGCCGCCGCUGCCGUUGCCGUCACCGAUGCCGCUGCCACUGCUGUUCCUGUCGCCGAUGCCGUUGUCCCUGCCGUUCCUGUCGCCGCUGCCGUUGCCACCGAUGCUGUCGUCGCCACCGCCGCUGCCACUUCGUUGCUGCUGGAGCCGAAGCCGCCGCUGCAUCUCCCCAGGCCGCGGUGCGCACGCCCGGCCGGUCUUCACCCGCGUCCCCUCCGCUCCCCGCAGCCGAAACGAAGAUUUGGAGGAGAUCGCUUCCAGUGACCUGAAGUACCUGAUGUUGCCAGCGUUUCAGGGAGCGCUCGCCAUGAAGCAAGUGAACCCCAGCAAGCGUCUGGAUCAUCUGCAGCGGGCGCGAGAACACUUUUUAAAGUACUUAACUCAGUGCCAGCACUAUCGCGUGGCGGAGUUUGAGCUGCCCAAACCCAAGGACGAGUCCGCUGGAAGUAACACUGCCGAAAGUAACACUGCCGAAAGUUCCUCCGUGGCCUAUCCUAACCUCUUUGCUAUGGCAGCUCAGAGACAGGCUAAAAUAGAGAGGUACAAGCAGAGGAAGGAGGUGGAGCGGAGGCUGGCCGCCCAGAAGGCCGCCGUGGAAAGCGGCCAGGCAGACGACGACCAAAUGCGUGAGUACUACCUGCUUCUCCUGCGAAGGUGGGUCGGUGUCAGCCUAGAGGAGAUCGAGAGCAUCGACCAAGAGAUGAAGAUCCUGCGCGAGAAGGACUCGCCAAGGGAGGCAGUACCUUCUUCCUCAUCUCGUCAGGACAGGCCUCCAAUGAAAUCCUUCAUUCUCACUCGGAAUGCGGCCCAAGCCAAAGUAUUUGGAGCUGGCUAUCCAAGUCUGGCGACCAUGACGGUGCAUGACUGGUACGAUCAGCAUCAGAAAGUUGGCGUGUUACCAGAUCAGGGGAUAGCCAAGACAUCGGCAGAGGUCAGAAAAGCAGCUCGGCGACAGGAAGAGCCGGACAUCAAGGAGGACGAGGAGGACGAGGAAACACUCCAGCGGGCUCGGGAGUGGGAUGACUGGAAGGACACCCACCCCAGGGGUUAUGGCAACCGGCAGAACAUGGGUUAGCCCCCCGGGAGACGGGGCCGCGGGGCAGCCUUCCCCCACCCGGGCUUCCGCCUCGGCGCCCCGCAUCUGCCCCGCGUUCAAUAAAGUGUUGAGCAAUUGCA